AUGACGCUGGGUGACAAUGAGGGUGCUUACUUCAAGGAGGUAGAAGGUUUGGUUGCUUACCUUCUUGAAGGUAACGUGCAGUCGCCUAUCACUGGACCUUUGGAGGACAAAGUUUUUUAUGUUGAAGAGGGUAAAGGGGGACCACAGUAUUUAUACAUGUUUACAUUUCAACCCCCUACCUACAGCGUGAAACUGACCGGUAAAACAGAUGACAUCAUAGAUGUCAAAGGUGGAGUCCUGACUGUUAGCGGAGUUCUAGACUGGGAACACAAAACACAAUAUAAAUUACAGUUGGAAGGUCUAGAUCAAAAUAGCAAAAGGGUGCAAGGCCCCUAUUCUAUCAUCAUAAAUGUUGUGGAUAUCAAUGACAACCCACCUAAAUUCAGUAAAACAGUAUACACUGGUGAAGUUAGAGAACACUCCAGACCAGGGAAGCCUUUCAUGUAUGUUACUGCUUUUGAUCGCGAUGAUCCCAGCACCUUACAUGCACAGCUCAGCUAUAGUAUCAUUCAUCAGUUUCCCAGAUUGCCUGGCACUGACAUGUAUUUUCAGAUUGACAAUGUUACAGGAGCAAUUUCUACAACUGCUGCUGGAAAAACCAGCUUGGACACAACAAAAGGGAAUGCCUUUCUCCUUGUGGUGAGAGCAAAAGAUAUGGCAGGCCAGUACAUAAAUAGUUUUUCUGAUGAGGCUGAUGUGGAGAUCACUGUUUUGGAAAACCUCUGGAAAUCUCCUCCAGAAGUAUUUCUCCAGGAGAACUCUACAAAGCCACACCCCAUGAUCAUCACUCAUGUACAAUGGAACGAUCCAUAUGCAACAUAUAAAAUUCAAGAGAAAGAAAAGCAUUCUAUUCCAUUUACAGUUGAUCAGAAUGGAACAGUUUAUGUAACUAAACCACUAGACAGAGAAGAGAAAGACUACUAUUCAUUCUAUAUCUUUGCAAACGAUGAGGAGGGAAAAAUGCUGGCCAAACCAGUCAAUGUUUCAGUUCGUGUUGUAGACAUCAAUGACAACCCACCUGUGUGUAACGAAAUUUUGACUAAAUUUGAAGUUCAAGAAAAUGAGGAUGUGGGGAAUUUAAUAGGAAUUGUCGUUGCCUCAGACAAUGACAAGAAGGGGUCUCUUAAUUCUCGCCUGAAGUUCAGCCUUUUGGACCAGACCCCCAAAAUCCCACAAGACAAUCUCUUCCGUAUCGAAUUGGGAACUGGGUCAGUCCACUUAUUGAAAUCGGGAUUAAACAGACAAGUGGUCCAAAAUUACUAUUUGCAGGUGAAUGUGACAGAUUCAGUUUUCUCAACUAUAUGUGAAGUGCAAAUUCAUGUCAUUGACAUCAAUGAUAAGAUCCCAAUAUUUGAAAAAUCAGAUUAUGGCACUGUGAUUGUUGCAGAAGAUCAGAAAAAAGGAUAUCGUAUAGUUGAAAUAAAAGCCACGGAUGCUGAUGAAGUAGGCACUGGAAGUUCUCAGAUUAUUUACACCAUCACAAAGGGUGACCCAAAUAAUAGUUUUACAAUACUGACUGAUCCAGAUACAAAUAAAGGAGCUAUUAUAAUUAACAAGGAUCUUGAUUUUGAAACAAAUUCAGUGUAUAACCUUACAAUCAAUGCUACUAAUCCCGAACCUCUCGUGGCUGGAAUAAAGUACACUUCAAAUUCAUCUACUUUCUUACGGAUUCAUGUUACUGAUGUGGAAGAACCGCCAGUUUUCCUCCGUCCCAGCUACAUAGUUGCGCUAUAUGAAAAUGUGACCAUUGGUACCAAUGUGACAACCGUAAAAGCUUUUGACCCAGAAGGAUACACAAUAAAGUACUCGCUGAAGAAAACCCGCGAGAAUUGGCUGAAAAUUGAUCCUGACAGUGGACAAAUAUAUACAGCUGCCCUACUGGAUUAUGAGCAGAACCGUACCUACAUAGAAGAAAUUGUUGCAACUGAACAAAGUGGUGUACUUAAAAGCAGUGUUGCACAACUGAUACUGCAUCUCACAGAUGUCAAUGACAAUCCUCCGUAUUUAGUAAACGAGAUUGUGUCCUUGUGCCACCCACUCCAAGGAGACAAGAGUGCAAAAUUUGAAGUUGCUGAUUUAGAUUCAGACAUUCCAAAAUUCACAUAUUCCCUCAUUGAAGAGUAUAAGGACAACUGGAACAUUUCUAAAGUGGAUAGCAAACAUGGUAGCAUUACCCCAAAGAACUUGAAACUUGAACAAAAUGUCUAUGAUGUACUUGUGAGAAUUAAUGACAAUGGAAGGCCACCAAUGAAAGAUGUUGUCACUCUGAAAGUGAAUGUGUGCAGAUGUGUCAGUGACAGGUGUUAUGUGGAAAUCAACAAUCCAAAUGCAUCGCCAACAGUAGGAGCAACAAUUGGCAUACUUGUUGGUGUUCUGCUAGUUAUAGGUAUCAUUCUGGGAUCCGUGUUUUUACACCUCAAGCGUAAAAAGGCGAAUGAGCAAAACGUCACCCCUGAAAUGGAAGCUUUUACUCAAAGGAGUAAAUGAAAGUGGACAUUUGUGUCUUGCCUGCUGUCAUAGUUGAUCUCUCCUUUUUUUAAAAAAAAUUUUUUUUAUUAAACUAAUUUACAUAGGUAACAAGAAAUACA